UUGGAGUCGGAUUAGGGAUUUCUUUUCGAAUUAAAUUAUUAAUUCGUCCUGUACAUAUGAUAUCGCAGAUUUUGUAUAUUUUUAUCCGAAUUAGGAAACUGUCCAGUGAUAUUAAUUCUUGAUACUUAUCUAAUAACUGUAAAUGUGACAAUCCAUAAGUGGGUGCUGUAAUUUUGGAGGAUUGAUUUCGCCGUCUGUGCAAACAUUUCUUUUCUUAUUCAUAAAUCCAAUAAGUAUCCUUGUUGCUCCCUUCUUAUUUACCUUCAAAAUGUCUUAAAUGUAAUAUGAAAGGAGUAUAAAAUUCGUUAAUUUCUGCCUUCUAUUAAAAUGGCUGAUUUAAUUCGUGCCAUGGGAGCGCCGAUCGGACCCCCUGUAAAGGAUAAGUUAGGAUCGCCUUCAACUGAAUCAGAGGGCGGUGGUGACAUCGCAGAGCUGGCUGCUGACUUGGAACUUGAUGAAGCUGAUGGCCCAAGCACAAAUGGAGAAAGGCAAGCUGUGCUGGCUCCGCCAGAGAGUGAGUGGUAUCAUGGAAGACUGGAUCGAUAUACAUCUGAAGAGAGAUUAUGGGCGGCUGGUAAACAUGGAAGCUAUUUAGUACGAGAAAGCGAUCGCAAGCCCGGCUCGUAUGUGCUGAGUUAUUUAGGACGAACAGGAAUUAAUCAUUUCCGAAUUACUGCGGUGUGCGGGGAUUAUUACAUCGGCGGUCGCCAGUUCGACUCCCUGGCAGAGCUGGUCGGUUUCUACAGCCAUUGCUCAGAUCUGCUGAAGAGGGAGCGGUUAAUUGAACCAGUGCCUCCGCCCGAACCUGUCAAUGAUAAAAAGCGCGUGGUUGCCAUUCUGCCGUACACCAAGAUGCCGGAUACCGACGAGCUGACGUUCCAGAAGGGAGACAUAUUCUUCGUGCACAACGAUAUGGGAGACGGUUGGCUGUGGGUCACCGCGCACAGGACAGGAGAACAAGGAAUGAUCUUCAGAGAGCUAGUGGAGGAUCUGGAUCCAUCUAUAGACCCCAACACCGUGUUCUCGUGGUUUCACCCCAACUGUACCAAAAGUGAGGCAGUUGACAUGCUUGUCAAAGCGGGACCCGGGAGUUUUCUAGUCAGACCCUCCGAUAAUUCACCCGGUGAUUACUCCUUGUUCUUCCAUAUCAACAAUCAAAUACAGAGGUUCAGGAUUGAAAAGAAGGGGGUAAGGUACCUGAUGGGUGGGAGGACAUUCGAAUGUCUGGAUGCCGUCAUCAACAGAUACAGGAAGGAGCAGAUUGUUGAAGGCCAUACUUUAGGACAACCGCUGAUUGCGGAAGGGCAUCAUAUAGAACCACAACAGAACACGAGUGGGGCGGCCGCUGAGAAAAUAUACGCGACCUUGCGGGAGUGCCGAGACCAAAUCGGACUGAAGAAAAUGAAGGGCAUCAAACACCAGGGCUACUUGCACAAGAAGUCAGACAAGGCCGCGAAGAAAUGGAAGGCGCUCUACUUCGUACUGCUUCAGGAGGGGACAGACACACAUCUGUACUUCUAUGACUCGCCCAAAAGGACAAAACCCAAAGGGCUCAUUGAUCUCUCCUGUGCUUAUUUGUAUCAGGUGCACGAGUCGCUGUGGGAGCGCGAGUUCUGCUUCCAGCUGGUGGAGCGUGCUCUGCCGUGUCUGUCGACACACACGUUCCUGUCGGCGGCCACCAGCGGCGAGCUGCGCGCCUGGCUCGACGCACUGCGGCCGCUGUGUGUGCCGCAACAGGCUCGACACCAGUCCAAGGUGGCCCGCGUGGUGUGGCUCCGCUCGCUGCGCGUGCGCUGCGUGACGGCGCACCGCCUGCCCGCACGCCUGGCGCCCCGCCCGCACCUGCGGCUCGCGCUGGGCGCCGCCCCCGUGGCACGCACGAGGCCGCGGCCCUCGCCCGACCCGCACUGGGACGACGAGUUCGUGUUCGAUGAUGUUCCUCCGGACGUAACCUCAUUCACAAUCACAGUUCACAACACAGGAAAGAGAGGGAAAGAGUCUGAGGUUGCAGAAUUGACAAUAGAGUUAGCAAACUUAGCGAAUGGCGAGGAGGUAGAAGAGUGGUAUCCAUUAGCGGGCAUGACACCAAUUGGAGAGUGGGGGUCACUGAGGCUGCGGAUAAGGUACAUGCAAGAGCUGGUGAUGCCUCGCGAGGAGUACAACCCUCUGCGACAGCUGCUGCUCGAGCCCGGUCUGGCGGCGGUCAAGGCGCUCGCCGAUCUGUGCCGGGCUGACAGACAACCUCUGGCCACUUCGGUGCUGCACUCGUUCUCGGAGUGCGGCCGCGGGGCGGAGCUAGCACACGAGUUGGCGGCGGCGGAGGUCGUCCGCGAGAGCGACCACCGCGCGCUCUUCCGCGGCGCGUCUCUGGCCACGGCCGUACUCGACGAGUUCAUGCACGCGCUGUGCAAGCCAUUCCUACAGGCAGCCAUAUCAGAAACAGUACAGAAAUUAAUAGAUGCAAAGCAAACAGCGGAGUUAAAUCCAACCAAAAUGGAUUCACCAGAUGACGCAUGCAACAAUGCGGAAUUCCUUCUUAUGAUUUUAGAUCAAAUAACGUUGUCCAUAUUCACGUCGCCCGAGUCGUGCCCGCGCCCCGUGCGCUUCCUGUGCGGCUGCCUGCAGCGCGCCGCCGUCGCCAAGUGGCCCAACGAGAGAUUCGUGAGGACCAGAGUGGUCUCCGGUUUUAUAUUCCUACGGCUCAUCUGCCCGGCGCUCGUGGAGCCCCGCGCCUGGGGUCUGGUGAGCACCGCGCCACCUCCGCACGCGCAGCGCUCCCUGCUGAUGGUCGCCAAGUGUCUGCAGAACCUCGCCAACCUCGUCGAGUUUGGAGCUAAGGAGCCGUAUAUGGAGGUGGUAAACCCAUUCAUUCUGAAGAACAAGGAACGGAUGGUGGUGUUUCUGGAUCAGCUCAGCUCGGUGCAGGAUCCUGGAAGUGUGCAAGUCAACUCUAAUAACAAUUACGAUAUUGCAAAAGAACUGGCGACGAUUCAUCACAUCUGCGUGUCUCACCUGAGUGAACUACAGAACUUGGCAAAAACUCAGCCGGCCAUCAGAAAACUGGUGACGGUCACCGAGAUUAUCACGAAACACAAGCACAAGUACCUCGAGAUGAUAAGAUAGGAUACGUCGUCAUAGUACAGGGUAAAAACGUAAUUCGAGAGCAGCGUAGCAAAUAGAGAAGUCUAAAAUAGGAGACUUGUAUUACAUGUAGUCAUUGUUAGCUUUAGCUUAUGUUUCAUAAUAUUAUACACAAACAAAAUGUUUGAAUUUUAUAUUGUCUUUGGAAAUAUUUUUUUUUAUGUUUGUACAAUACAAAUAUACAAAAAUCACAAUGUUUUCCACAUUUAGUGUAAAAUGUUCACGAAUUUUUUGGCCAGUUUAUAAACCAAUAAUAAUAUUAAGCAUUCACACGAGAAAACUAAUUGAUAUAAAAAAUGCUUAAAUUAACCAUAUUUUUUUUAAGUACUUACUUUUUAUACAUUUUAUUUCACUGCCUACAUAUUAUAUUAUUAAGUAUAAGCUCUCUAGUAUCUAAGUCGUAUUUAUUGUUAGCGAUUGCUUUAGGAAGUUUUGCUUAAAUAUGUUAUUAUUUUUAUUGGGUGUUUCCGAAUUAAAUUAUUUAAUACAUAGAUACUUAGAAAUUUAGUUGGAUUCGGAAUUGAAACAUUUUCUUUAUAUUUGUAUUUUUGCCAUUGUGGUACCCAGGCAGUAAAUUAAUUAUAGGUAUAUAUACCCCUGACAUGGCUAUACCUCAUGUCAAUUAUUAUAUAACUAUUAUUUAAAUAAGUUCAGUUAAUCAAAUAAAUUACGUGUGCGUUAUAAUUAUUCAUGUCGUUUCUUUAAAUUGAUAUUAAAUGGUAAAAUAUUACAUUUUUAUACGCAACAGAAGGUUAGGAAGCUUUUGCAUUAAGGCUCGCACAAGUUCGUUCGUGACAUUAAAGUCGGGGUAUAAACAAAGACUUAGAACAAUUUUGAAAAACCGGGAAAAUUGAGGGGAAAAGACCAAGAGGCCGGAGCCCACGACGCUGGUCUGACCAAAUAUCCGAGCAGACUAAACAACCCAUUAGCAUCGCACUCCACCAUGCUACAGACCGAAACAGAUGGAGGAAAGCUGUAGACGAACUUAAGCGGAGUCACGAUCCUCAGCAAUGAGGGAACGACUGUGAAGAAGAAGAGAACCAUUUUAAUUUGUCAAUGUCUGUUUGAGCUAGUUUAAUAUAAAUAAUACUUUCUAACGCCAACCGUGGCUAAGUGUUUACGUCUUGUCAAAAAACAGCAACAAUAGUGACGCAACAAAAAUACUCAAACGUCAAGUGCUUGAAAGUAAUGCCUCAAUUCAAAUAUUUUUAUUCAAAAUGGGAUAUAAAAUCACUAAGUGAAAGUCAAAAACUACCACCCAUUCGAAAAGGUAUGU